AUGGUCAGCUCUAUUCGCGGUGCCUCAAAGGCGGCCGCUGCGGUAGUUCUGGGCGCCGCCGGUCUUGCUCAGGGGCUGAGCACGGAAGAAUGGCAGGCUCAGUCCAUCUACCAGGUCCUGACGGACCGCUUCGCUUUGCCUGAUGGCGACUCCAACGCCGCCUGCAAUGACCUCGGCACCUUCUGCGGUGGCACCUGGACGGGCAUCAAGAACCAGCUGGACUACAUCCAGAACAUGGGCUUUACUGCCGUGUGGAUUUCCCCCAUUGUCAAGAACAUCGAAGGGGGCACGAGCCUCGGAGACGCCUACCACGGCUUCUGGGCCCAGGACAUCUACUCUCUGAAUGAGCAUUUCGGCACUGAGGACGACCUGCUUGCCCUGUCCGAUGAGAUCCACGAGCGCGGCAUGUACCUGAUGAUCGACGUGGUGACCAACCAUAUGGCCUUCCCUGCCGACAUGUCCUCGUGCGACUACACGCAGGCAACCCCCUUCAACUCUGCUUCUUACUACCAUGACCCCUGCGUCAUCAACGAUGACGACCCAGAGACCGUGAUCAAGUGCUGGGAGGGCACCUCGGGUGUCUCCUUGGCCGAUCUUCGCACAGAGGACGCCAACGUCCGUGACAUUUGGAAGAGCUGGAUCGCUGAUCUCGUCACCAAGUACAACAUCGAUGGACUCCGUCUUGAUACCACCAAGCACGUUGAGAAGGACUUCUGGGAGGAGUUCCUGGCCUCUGCUGGCGUGUUCGGUACCGGUGAGAUCCUCAACGGUAGUCCAGCCACUUUUCCCUCCUGGGUCGCCGACGUUCCAGGCUUCGUCAACUACCCUGCAUAUUUCUGGCUCACCCGCGCGUUCGGAUCCAGCUCGGCCACCCUCUCUGAGCUGGUCACCGGCAUCAACGAGAUGAAGUCGCUUCUGAAGACAAGCACCUUCUCUUCUUUCCUCGAGAACCACGACAACCCCCGCUUCUCCUCGAUAACCCAGGACAUGACUCUCGCCAAGAACGCCCUGGCUUUCUCCAUGCUAAUGGACGGCAUCCCAAUCAUAUACCAGGGACAAGAGCAGUGGCAGGAGUUCACCGGCACGGAGGCUCCCUACAACCGUGAGCCCAUGUGGACCUCGAGCUACAACACCACUUCCGAACUGUAUGGGUGGAUCUCAACACUCAACAGUGUCCGCACGCUGGCCAUCAACCAGGACCCAACUGCAUACAUUGCCUUCCAGGCUAACCCGAUCUGGAGUGAUGACCACACCGUCGCAAUGAAGAAGGCUGACGUUGUAACCAUCACUACUAAUGCCGGAGAGGCUGGCAACGUCUAUGUCGACCUCGUGAGCUGUGCGCAGUACACGGCAGGCUCUGAUGGUGCAAUCUCUGUGACAAUGAAGGCUAACCCGAUCGUGCUCUACCCUCAAUCAAGGCUGAGCGCCAGCAACAGCACCUUGUGUGCCUAA